AUGCCAAUCUUCAAUAACUGUGGGCCUACUUGCUGGGAUAUGUCAAAUUUGGUUUCCGUGGUUCAUGUGAUUGGUUUCCUUGAAAAUCUAAUGUCUACUGAGAAAAAGGGCCGUGGCUCUCCACCACUGUGGUAUAUAACUGCCAAUGAGCUGGAUUCUCUGUCAUCAUACAUUAGAGGAAGGCUGACAUUAGAGAAGGUCAAUGCAGCUAUUAAUGACAUGGCAACUUAUGCUGAAGCAAAUGCUCAUCUUAUUACUGCUCCAAAGAAGAAGCUGGCAGAAAAUCUCUGGGACAAAGCCCUGGAGCUAAGGGAUAUUGCAAUGACAGAAGCUGUAAAGGGAAAACACUUUUUUCUUGAAAAUGACAUAAAAGGACCUGCACUGAAGCUUGACAAUACUGGAAAAGCAAUACUAACCGUCCUUCGUAAUCUUGGCCGCUUAAGUGAGAUUCGGAUUGGGCAUCACCGUGUGAUUAUUCUUUUGAAGCCUCAAUGA